AUUCAUGUAAAGUCAAUUUAACAUCCAAUUAAAAUUAUUAACCUACAACGAAAAGUUUUAUGAUCUUGUUCAAAAAUGUAUUUAUCAGAAAAACUAUUAAUUAAUUAAAUGUCAAGUUGCGGAUUUAUCCAAAAGCUCUAACGAUAGAAACUUGUACAUUGUGCGGGUGGUAUUUUUUAAGUUUCCGCUUUUAGCAAUAUGGCUGCCAGUUGUUUAGGGUAAUGUGGCGUUCCACAAAUCUGAGUGAAAUUUUUACAAUUUAUUCUACCGACGUAAAGAUGCAUAAAGUUUUUAACGUUUUAUAGCAGUGUUUCAUGAAAAGGCAGUACUACGAAUAUUUUAAGUUGGUGAUAAAAAUUUUGGAUGCACACAAUUUGCCUUAUAAAUUGAACAGUCAACAAACUUUUGUUUGUUUCAUUCAAGAGGAAUUAUAUAUUUCUGUUGAGAAUAUUCGAUUAUGAACCAUCCAUAUAAUUCCUGAAAAUAGUGGAUCAAGGGCUGAAGUAGACUCUAGGUUAUGGCAAACUUGAAUUUCCAGCAAGCACCUAGAAGCCUAGCUAGUGGCGGUGUAGGUGGAGUUGGAGUUGGAGGCCGAGUGGGUUCAGGGCUGGUUGGUGGAGUAUCUGGUCAUGUGACGCCUACAUUCGGCGGGGCGUUGUCGCCCGGCCGAGGUUCCACGGCAAUGCCAGGAGGUGCACCACCUACCAUGGCCUCAAGAGCCACCCUUUUUGGUCAACGGGCAUUUGCAGAUCGGAGAGUACCUAUACCAACACCUUUAUCUCAAGCCAACUCUAACUCUAUUUCAAGUAUGGCGAAUCUGUCAAGGUUUAAUGCCAGUAGUAAUUACCAUUCUGUGUUCGGGGAGGGGGGCGACACAUCGACACCUCCUUUACUGGACCUGAGUGAAUUCCCUUCACUGACGGCAAGAGGCGCCGGUGACCAAGCACCUGCCGCAGCGCCGCCGCCGCCUGGCUCUAAACCGUACGUGGGUAUGGUGAAGCAGCCAACAUCGGAGCAAUCUGAGUUCACGAUGUCAUCGGAAGACUUCCCUGCGUUACCGGGCACGAGUACGGGCGGCGCUGCGGUCGCGAAUGCCACUGCCCACGUCGCAGCACAUACAACGCAGGCCACACACCCUGCGCAUGCGCCGCAGACACUAGAAUAUGCAAACCACAACGACACUAAGCCACGGAAAGGGAUACAGACCUCGCCGGAUGGCAAAGUGACGAAUAUACCGGAGACGAUGAUACCAAACCAGUUUGGUAUUGUGGGACUGUUAACGUUUAUUCGCGCGGCGGAGUCCGACCCGAGUCUGGUAUCAUUAGCGUUAGGUCAGGACUUGACUGCCCUUGGAUUGAAUUUAAACUCACCUGACAACCUUUACCUUACCUUUGCUGGACCUUGGGCGGAUACGCCCUGCAGGCCACAAGACAUGGACUAUCACGUGCCUCCCGAGUAUCUGAUAAAUGGAGCUAUUAGGGAAAAAUUGGCGCCCCUACGACUGAGUCGAUAUAAGGAAGAUCUAUUAUUCUAUUUAUUUUACUGCUUCGUGGGCGACGUGCUACAAAUUGCAGCAGCAGCCGAAUUAUAUAACCGCGAAUGGCGGUAUCAUAUGGAGGAGAAGGUGUGGAUCUCGCAAGCGCCCGGCAUGCCUAUGGUGGAAAAAACGUCCACUUACGAGCGCGGCACCUACUAUUUUUUUGACGCGCACAAUUGGCGCAAGGUGGCGAAAGAAUUUCACCUGGACUACAGCAAACUGGAGGGGCGGCCGCAGCUGCCGCCGCACGUGCUCACGUAGCGCCCGCGCGCACACGCACCUAUUGUAGUUUUGUUAUAUAAAAAGUACAAGUU